AUGGAACGUUAUCGAACAAUCUACAAUUCGUACUACCAUUCGGCACACGGAGUGAUGUGUGUGUAUGACUUGACAGACGAACGGUCCUUCGAUAAUCUACGUAAUUACUGGCUGAAGGAAAUUCGCAUACAUGCGCCAUCCAAUGCAGUACUUAUGCUAAUUGGCAAUAAGGCUGAUCUGGAGGAUAAGCGAAUGGUGAACUUCGAACGCGCCGAGCGUCUUGCUAGUCAACUGGGAGUUUCAUUAUACGAGGUGAGUGCCAAGACAGGUAUUAAUUGUGAGGAGGCAUUUCAUAAUCUGGCAGCAGCGAUGCGUGAUCGUCUGUUGGUAUCCAACAUGCACUCGGACUCGGAAGAUAGCGAUCAUCUCGGUUCCGCAUUUCAUGUUGAUGGUGUCACCCUUUCCGACAAAAAAUCAUCAUUUCUACCAUCCUGUUGCUCUUCGGCACCUCAGCCAACAUUUGUAUAA